AUAUCGUAUUGAACAUGAAGCUCUGUCCAAAGUGGAGUGUGAGCAGAAUGAGUUCAUCGACCAGUUUAUUCUGCAGAAGUGAGGAGAUGACUACAACUAAUGUCCCACAGUGCCUGUAGUGAGGGGCUUUUUAAAGUCCCCCUGCUGUAAUGUUUCUGCAGCUGAAAGCUCCAUGCACAUGCUCUCURCAGCACUUUGUGUGUGUCUGUGUGUAAAGACUAUUGACCUGUUCAUACACAGUCACACACAUCACAUGUCUGCAUAUGUAAGACCAACAGGAAACAAUGGAUAUAUUUAUAUGAAGACUAAUUAUUUAUACUAUUUAUACUGAAAAUACUCUGUACAUCUAGUUUUCUUACCUUUCCUACCACCACAGCUGAACAAAGUCUGCAUGUGUAAGUUACACACAACUGUUGUUGUUCUUUCAUCUCUCCUCUUCAUUAGUCUGCCUAGAUCUUCAUGCCUUCAUCACAAAUACAUUCAUCACAAAUACAUUAAUCACAAAUACAUUCCUCUUUUCUGAAUACUAUAAAUACAAAUAAACAGUUUGGUGCAUAAAUAUUUUGUCUGUCAGGAUUCUGAUUAUUAAAUCUAGUGUUCAAUAUUUGA